UAUAAAAACAGUUCAAAUGUCGAUACUGCAGUUGAAAUACUGCUGUAUAAGAAAAAACCAGAAUCAGUGCAUCUUAUAAUCCAAAAUAGCAGAAUGAAGACUUUCGUGCUCAUGACAUGUCUGCUGACUUUUUCUUAUGCCAUUAAUCCUCAAGUAGUGAAAAAAGUAUAUGAUGAUCUCUCAAGUUGUUUCAAAGAAUUGAAUGUGCAGAAUUUUACACCGGAAACAGUAAAAUGUUAUAUUCAAAAAAAUGAUUUACUUGACGAACAACUUAGAUUAAAAAAAGAAGAAAAUUUUGCAAUUUGGGAUGAUAUCAUUUCCGAUCCGAAUCUCUUAAGUCAAAUAAAAACGAAAAUUUCCGAUUGCAUGGAUCAAGCAUAUCGAGGCGUAAAAGGCAAUGAGAAAAAUGAGUAUAUGAUGUUUAUACAGUGCAUAAUGCCUCUCGCAAAUGUAUUUGAUUUAAAGAAAAUUGUGUCUCGAUAAAAAAAGCACAUUUUUCCUUUUACAUAUUAUACAUAUAAAGUAAUAAUUAUACAGCAAUCCCGUGCAUGAUAAAUAUUAAUAGUUCUGCCUUUAUAACUAUACAUUUUCCAGAACUUUAUGUAAAAUCUUCUUGUCUCAUCAAUUGUUUUGCCUUUCUUGUAUGCCUAUAUUUCAAUAAAAUAUGAUA